AUGGGCGCUUCAGUAUCUACCCUGGUCGGCUGGACCGUGGUCAUAGGAUGUAUCUACAUUGUUGCUUUUGGACUCCCUGGGAAGAAGAAAGCGCGUGACGCUGGAAGAGGUGCCGCACAACGGCAGCGCGUGGAAGAUAAGCCGCACAGCCAGACUCGCAAAGAGCCUAAAGAGAAGGCUAAGCGACAGCGGUCUGAGGCAUACAGCAAAGACGCUGACGAGGCAAGCAAGCCGUCGCAGCUCAAGCAACGGGCAGCCAAGCCAUCGGGCCCGAGCCAGCCCGCCGAUUACAGUUCGGACGAUGACGUCGACAACCGAGAGUUCGCCCGCCAGUUGGCCAGUGUUAAGCAGGGCACCAGCCUCAAUGCGCCCAAGAAGAGUGAUGAAAAGCGGCACAAGUCUGUGAAGCAGUCGCGAGCCCAGAUCAUUGAUGAUGAAAAGGCCGAGCCGAGCAAGAUGUCGGCCCCGUCCUCGACUGCGGGCGUCGAUGCCGAUGACGACGAGUCCUCGACCCCAUCUCCCGAGAUCAAGGCUGUCGACGCCGGGGAUGUCAGCGACAUGCUGGAGCCCAAGGCUGCCGGCCCUUCGGUUCUCCGUCUCACCGAAACCGACAAGGCCAAGCCGAAGAAGGAAAAGAAGGCAAAGGCGCCCGAGAAGGCCGAGACCAAGAAACAGCGCCAGAACCGCCAAAAGGCUGAGGCUGCCAAGGCCCUCCGCGAGGAAAACGAGAAGCAGAGGAGGGCGGAUCUGGAAGCCCAGAGGAGACAGGCACGCAUCGCCGAGGGGCGGCCGGCCAAGGACGGCUCCGCCUUCGUGGCUGCCCAAAACCAGCAGUCUGCUUGGAACCGCAAUGGCACCGAUGGCAGCGUUAGCAGCAGUGCUACGAACGGCGGCUUCCUUCCCGUGCAACCUCUGGAUACAUUUGACACCAGUAGCUACACUGAUGCGUCUGUCUCCAAAAGCGAGAGCGCCACCACGCCUGCCCAGACCAACCCUGCCGAUAGCUGGAUCGCCAGUCUGCCUUCCGAGGAAGAACAGAUGGAGAUGCUUCGGGGUGAAGAGGCUUGGAACACGGUGACGUCGAAGAAGCCGAACAAGAAGAAGCAUAGGGAGGCCAUGGCCGACAGCCCCGUCGAUUCGGAGCCCACUGUUAUUCAAGCGGCUCCCAGCCAACCCAAGCCACGGGCGAUGAGCAACGGCACUGGCGCCGUCGCUGCACCUGCCACCAGCAAGACGGCCGGCAAAACGACCAAGCCCUUCUCGCAGCAGUCGUCCUUCGCAGCUCUGAGUCCGAGUGAGGACGAGACCGGUGAGAACGAGUGGGAGGUUUAA